AUGCCAGACGCGUGCACACGUGUGCACGUGGCCAGCCCUACAGCGAUGCCGUUAAUCCCUGCUACCGAUCUGCAAGCUCAAGCCAAAAACACCGAAAUUCUAGCGCAGGAAGACGGCGAUAACGACAGCGAUACUUGCAGCGAAUUCGAGGCACAAAAGACACGCAAACAAAUCCGCAGAGAAAAGAACGAACAAAAGAAGAGAAAACAGGCAAUUGACCUCGCUGCCGCUAUUUCCAGUCUUGACAUUGUUCAGACUCAAAUACCACACGCAACCAGCAUCGGUCUUGACCACCUAUUUCCUCCUCCACAACCGCUAUCUCAAAGUCGCAAAGAAAAACGUAAAGAAAAGAAACAACGCCACGACUCCGCAUUACCCACUCCCACUGACACCGACGUCGAAUCCACCGCUCACCAAGACUCUCACAACCCACCAAAGCAAGCCCACCAUCUCCCAACCCUCCCACAAUCCCUAAUGGCGAAACCCGCCGCCCAAACCGCCUACCCCCUCCUCGUCGCCUCAAUCGGCAACCCAGGCCCCUCCUUCGCCAAUACCCCACAUUCCGCCGGUCACAUUGUAACCUCGUACCUCUCGCACGCCAAAAACUACACGCCCUUCCAAAAAGGCCUCUCAGGCCUCGUAUCGCGGCCGCAAGCCACACACCUCGCCUUCAGUCUCACAGGAUUCCGCCGCGUCCCCAGCGACCGCGACAUCUACGAAGACUGGACCUUCUGGCAAUCCGCCAGUCUCAUGAACGUGAGUGGCAAUGGCGUCAAACGCGCGUACAACGAGUGGUUGCGCGAGAUACGCCGGGCGGCUGGGGACAAUGGAUUGCAAGGGCGACUGGUGGUUGUGCAUGAUGAAUUAGAAUCUGCGUUGGGCAAAGUUACGAUUAGGGAUGGGGCAGCGAGUGCGAAAGGGCAUAAUGGGAUUAAGAGUUGUCAGCAGCAGCUUGGUGGGGUGAAGUGGUGGAGGUUGGGGAUUGGGAUUGGGAGGCCCGAGAGUAGGGAUCCGAAUGUUGUGAGUAAAUAUGUGUUGGGGAAGAUGUCGGCGUUUCAGAGGGAUCAGGUGGAGAAGAGUGCUGUGUCGGUUUUUAAGGCGUUGGAGGAUAUUGCGGCGGGGAAGAAGUAG